GCGGCGGGGCUGGCCCCGCGUCAGCCGCGUUCGCCGGGAGCGGGAGGGACCGUGCGCUGCCACCAUGUGCGGAAUUUUUGCUUAUCUGAACUACAGAGUGCCUCGCACUAGGAAGGAGAUAUAUGAAACCCUGAUAAAAGGAUUACAGAGACUGGAAUACAGAGGAUAUGACUCUGCAGGAGUGGCAAUUGAUGGAAAUAAUAAUGAAGAUAAAGAAAGAUUCAUCAAACUGGUUAAGAAAAGAGGAAAAGUAAAGGCCCUGGAAGAAGAGUUGUACAAACAAGAUGAUCUGGACUCAAAAACAGAUUUUGAAACACAUUUUGGAAUUGCUCAUACUCGCUGGGCGACCCAUGGAGUACCAAGUGCAAUAAACAGUCACCCUCAGAGAUCAGAUAAAGGGAAUGAAUUUGUUGUCAUCCAUAAUGGAAUCAUCACAAACUAUAAGGACCUGAGAAAAUUUCUGGAGAGCAAAGGAUAUGAAUUUGAAUCUGAAACGGAUACAGAAACAAUCCCCAAAUUGAUCAAAUACAUGUAUGACAACAGAGAGAGUGAAGACACCAGUUUUUCAGCCUUGGUAGAGAGAGUUAUUCAACAGUUGGAAGGUGCUUUUGCGUUGGUUUUCAAGAGCAUCCAUUACCCAGGUGAAGCUGUUGCUACCAGGAGAGGGAGUCCUUUGCUCAUUGGGGUUAGGAGCAAGUACAAGCUCUCAACUGAACAGAUUCCAGUUUUGUAUAGAACAUGCAACAUUGAGAAUGUGAAGAACAUCUGCAACUCCCAAAUGAAAAGACUGGACAGCUCUACCUGCCUUCAUGCUGUUGGGGAUAAGGCAGUAGAAUUUUUCUUUGCUUCAGAUGCAAGUGCUAUCAUUGAGCACACCAACAGAGUGAUUUUCUUAGAAGAUGAUGACAUUGCAGCUGUAACUGAUGGGAAGCUCUCAAUUCACCGUCUGAAGCGUUCAGCUAGUGAUGAUCCUUCCCGGGCCAUCCAGACCUUGCAGAUGGAAUUGCAGCAAAUCAUGAAGGGUAACUUCAGUGCCUUCAUGCAGAAGGAAAUUUUUGAACAACCAGAAUCAGUUGUCAACACAAUGAGAGGCAGGGUGAAUUUUGAGAGCAGCACAGUUCUGCUGGGGGGGCUGAAGGAUCAUUUGAAAGAAAUCAGAAGAUGCCGAAGACUGAUCAUUAUUGGCUGUGGGACCAGUUACCAUGCUGCAGUGGCUACUCGACAAGUCCUGGAAGAAUUAACUGAAUUGCCAGUGAUGGUAGAACUUGCCAGUGACUUCCUGGAUAGAAACACACCUGUAUUCAGGGAUGAUGUGUGCUUUUUCAUAAGCCAGUCAGGUGAAACUGCAGAUACACUCAUGGCCUUGAGGUAUUGUAAGGAACGCCGUGCUCUGACAGUUGGCAUCACAAACACAGUUGGAAGUUCAAUAUCCAGGGAGACUGACUGUGGUGUGCACAUCAAUGCAGGGCCUGAGAUAGGUGUGGCAAGCACAAAGGCUUACACCAGCCAGUUUGUGUCUCUUGUAAUGUUUGGCCUAAUGAUGUCUGAAGACAGAAUUUCCUUGCAGAAAAGGAGACAGGAAAUCAUUAGUGGACUGAAAUCAUUGCCAGAAAUGAUUAAAGAAGUCUUGUCCUUGGAUGAGAAGAUACAUGAUUUGGCUCUUGAACUAUACAAACAAAGAUCAUUGCUCGUUAUGGGUCGUGGGUAUAAUUAUGCCACUUGUCUGGAAGGAGCUUUGAAAAUAAAAGAAAUCACCUAUAUGCACUCAGAAGGUAUCCUGGCUGGUGAGCUGAAACAUGGGCCCUUAGCCCUAAUAGAUAAACAAAUGCCUGUUAUCAUGGUGAUCAUGAAGGAUCCUUGUUUCACCAAGUGCCAGAACGCUCUGCAACAGGUCACUGCUCGGCAGGGUCGUCCAAUCAUUCUGUGCUCUAAAGAAGACACUGAAAGCUCAAAAUUUGCCUACAAAACCAUUGAGCUGCCUCAUACCGUUGACUGCCUUCAAGGAGUGUUGAGUGUCAUUCCUCUUCAGUUGCUCUCAUUCCACCUGGCUGUUCUUAGAGGAUAUGAUGUGGACUUUCCAAGAAAUUUGGCCAAAUCUGUUACUGUAGAGUAACAGCCAAGAACAGCUGAUGUCUUUGCCACCAGACCUCUGAGUUAUACUUGUAGAAUGUGUUGUUCUGAAUUCAUAGGUAAAUGUGUUUUCUAAAGAGAACGACAGUGCUAACUGGAAAGUGUCAGAAGGAUUUAUCUUGCAGCUUUAAAAGCUUUUGAUGUGCCUUGUACCCAAGUGCUUUUGCUCACAGCAAAUACUUCUCUAAGUCCUGAAAUUGCCAAAGAAGAUAAAAAUUGUUUACACAUGGUAUACUGAAUGAACUUUUUUACUGUGCAAUAUAUAUAUACAGCUCUC